CGCAGGUCCUGUUAGUACACUUCCUAUAAGCACAGAGCUCCUGUAUUGCUUUUGGGUGAAGGAAGAAGACAUGAACAAUAUCAAUGCUCCGGAGACAGAUGUGAGGGGUGAUGAAACGUAUAAGGAAGACAUUCCUUCAGGGAAAGAUCUGAUCUAUAUUUAUGCUACAAACAUAAAGGAAGACAAAGAAGAGACAGAUGUGAGCAGUGAUGAGCAGUAUAAGGAUAUUCCUACAGGGAAAGAUAUGAUCUAUAUUAAUGCUACAGACGUAAAAGAAGAAGAAGAAGAGACAGAUGUGAGCGGUGAUGAGCAGUAUAAGGAGGACAUUCCUACAGGGAAAGAUCUGAUCGAUAUUAAUGCUACAGACAUAAAGGAAGAAGAAGAGACAGAUGUGAGCAGUGAUGAGAAGUAUAAGGAGGACAUUCCUACAGGUAACCACCCAGCAGAUGACUGUACCAGGAGAUCAGAGGAGAAUCUUAUAUCUUCAGAUUAUAAAGCAGAUGAUGAUAUCACACAAGAUACAUAUGAAGAACAUUCCAUUAUCCCAGAUACACCCUCAGCCCUUCACAGCCAAGAUCUCUCAUCUCAUCCUGUUAUACAAGUCCGACCUAAAGAUUCAUCUCAGUCUGUUAAGCAAAAUGAGGAGAAACCAUUUUCAUGUCCAGAAUGUGGGAAGUGUUUUACGCGAAAAUACUCUCUUGUUAAACAUCAAAGAACUCACACAGGAGAAAAGCCAUUUUCAUGUCCAGAAUGUGGGAAAUGUUUUACCGAAAAAUCAUCUCUUGCUUAUCACCAAAGAACUCACACAGGAGAGAGGCCAUUUUCAUGUCCAGAAUGUGGGAAAUGUUUUAUCGACAAAUCAGCUCUUUCAUAUCAUCAAAAAACUCACACAGGAGAGAAGCCACAUUCAUGUCCGGAAUGUGGGAAAUGUUUUCCUGAUAAAUCAUCUCUUGUGAUUCAUCAACGAAUUCACACAGGAGAAAAGCCAUAUUUAUGUUUAGAAUGUGGAAAAAGUUUUGCUCAGAAAUCGUCUCUUGUUAAACAUCAAAGAAUUCACACAGGAGAGAAGCCAUUUUCAUGUACAGAAUGUGGAAAAUAUUUUACUCAUAAGUUAUCUCUUGUUAUACAUCAAAGAAAUCACAGGGGAGAGAGGCCAUUUUUAUGUCCAGAAUGUGGAAAAUGUUAUAACAAUAAAUCACAGCUCGUUCAACAUCAAAAAAGUCACACAGGAGAAAAAUGUGAAAAAUGUGGAAAAUGUUUUACUCUAAAAUCAGUUCUUGUUGAACAUCAAAAAAUUCACAAAGUAAGGAAGCCAUUUUCAUGUUCAGAAUGUGGAAAAUGUUUUACUCGGAAAUCAAUUCUUGUUCAACAUCAAAGAACUCACACAGGAGAGAAGCCAUUUUCAUGUUCAGAAUGUGGAAGAUGUUUUACCCAUGAAUCACAUCUUGUUAAACAUAAAGAAACACACACAAGAGAAAUGCCAUUUUCAUGUUUAGAAUGUGGAAAAUAUUGUAUAUCUAAAGCACAUCUUGCCACACAUCAACGAACUCACACAGGGGAGAAACCAUUUUCAUGUUCAGAGUGUGGGAAAUGUUUUACAUCUAAAUCAAUUCUUGUCAAACAUCAAAGAACUCACACAGGAGAGAAGCCAUUUUCAUGUUCUGAAUGUUGUAAACAUUUUACUCAGAAAUCAAUACUUAUCAGACAUCUAAAAAUUCACACAGGAGAGAAGCCCUUUUCUUGUUCAGAAUGUGGAAAACCUUUUACUCAGAAAUCAGAUCUUGUUAAACAUGAAAUGACUCACACAGGAGAGAAGCCAUUUUCAUGUUCAGAAUGUGGGAAAAGUUUUACUGAGAAAUCACAUCUUAUCAGACAUACAAGAAUUCACAGUCCUGUUAGUACAUUUCCUAUAAGCACAGGGCUCCUGUAUUGCUUUCGGGUGAAGGAAGAAGACAUGAGCGAUAUUAACGCUCCAGAGACCAAUGGGAGCGAUGAUGAGCAGUAUAAGGAGGACAUUCCUUCAGGGAAAGAUCUGAUCUAUAUUAAUGCUACAGACAUAAAGGAAGAAGAAGAAGAGACAGAUGUGAGCGGUGAUGAGCAGUAUAAGAAGGACAUUCCUACAAGAAAAGAUCCAAUCUAUAUUAAUGCUAAAGACAUAAAGGAAGAAGAAGAGACAGAUGUGAGCGGUGAUGAGCAGUAUAGGGAGGACAUUCCUACAGGGAAAGAUCUGAUUGAUAUUAUUACUACAGACAUAAAGAAAGAAGAAGGAGAGACAGAUGUGAGUAGUGAUGAGCAGUAUAAGGAAGAUAUUCCUACAGGAAAAGAUCUGAUCUAUAUUAAUACUACACACAUAAAGGAAGAAGAAGAGACAGAUGUGACUGACGAUGAGCAGUAUAGGGAGGACAUUCCUACAGGUAACUGCCCAGAUGACUGUACCAGGAGAUCAGGGGAGAAUCUGAUAUCUUCAGAUUAUAAAGCAGAUGAUGAUAUCACACAAGAUACAUAUGAAGAACAUUCCAUUAUCCCAGAUACACCCUCAGCCCUUCACAGCCAAGAUCUGUCAUCUCAUCCUGUUAUACAAGUCCGACCUAAAGAUUCAUCUCAGUCUGUUAAACAAAAUAAGGAAAAACGAUUUUCAUGUCCAGAAUGUGGGAAAUGCUUUACUGAGAAAUACUAUCUUGUUAAACAUCAAAGAACUCAUACAGGAGAGAAGCCAUUUUCAUGUCUAGAAUGUGGGAAAUGUUUUACUAGUAAAUACUCUCUGGUUAAACAUCAAAGAACUCACACAGGAGAGAAGCCAUUUUCAUGUCCAGAAUGUGGGAAGUGUUUUACCGAAAAAUCAUCUCUUGCUUAUCAUCAAAGAACUCACACAGGAGAGAGGCCAUUUUCAUGUCCAGAAUGUGGGAAAUGUUUUAUCGACAAAUCAGCUCUUUCAUAUCAUCAAAAAACUCACACAGGAGAGAAGCCGUUUUCAUGCCCAGAAUGUGAAAAAUGUUUUCCUGAUAAAUCAUCUCUUGUGAUUCAUCAACGAGUUCACACAGGAGAGAAGCCAUAUUUAUGUUUAGAAUGUGGAAAAAGUUUUACUCAGAAAUCAUCUCUUGUUAAACAUCAAAGAAUUCACACAGGAGAGAAGCCAUUUUCAUGUUCAGAAUGUGGCAAAUAUUUUACUCAUAAAUUAUCUCUUGUUAUUCAUCAAAGAAAUCACAGGGGAGAGAGGCCAUUUUUAUGUCCAGAAUGUGGAAAAUGUUAUAACAACAAAUCACAGCUUGUUCAACAUCAAAAAAGUCACAUAGGAGAAAAAUGUGAAAAAUGUGGAAAAUGUUUUACUCUGAAAUCAGUUCUUGUUGAACAUCAAAAAACCCACAAAGUAAAGAAGCCGUUUUCAUGUUCAGAAUGUGGAAAAUGUUUUACUCGGAAAUCAAUUCUUGUUCAACAUCAAAGAACUCACACAGGAGAGAAGCCAUUUUCAUGUUCAGAAUGUGGGAGAUGUUUUACUCAUGAAUCACAUCUUGUUAAACAUAAAGAAAUGCACACAAGAGAAAUGCCAUUUUCAUGUUCAGAAUGUGGAAAAUAUUGUAUAUCUAAAGCACAUCUUGUCAUACAUCAAAGAACUCACACAGGGGAGAAACCAUUUCCAUGUUCAGAGUGUGGGAAAUGUUUUACAUCUAAAUCAAUUCUUGUCAAACAUCAAAGAACUCACACAGGAGAGAAGCCAUUUUCAUGUUCUGAAUGUUGUAAAUAUUUUACUCAGAAAUCAAUACUUAUCAGACAUCUAAGAAUUCACACUGGAGAGAAGCCGUUUUCUUGUUCAGAAUGUGGAAAACAUUUUACUCAGAAACCACACCUUGUUAAACAUCAAAUGACUCACACAGGAAAGAAGCCAUUUUCAUGUUCAGAAUGUGGGAAAAGUUUUACUGAGAAAUCACCACUUAUCAGACAUACAAGAAUUCACACAGGAGAGAAGCCGUUUUCAUGUUCUGAAUGUGGGAAAUGUUUUACUGAGAAAUCACAUCUUAUCAGACAUACAAAAAUUCACACAGGAGAGAAGAAAAAUCAGAGCAAUAAAUGAUACAAUAAAUUCUCCUGAUUUUCUCCUGUUUUCUAUUCCUGUGUCCAUCCCUUUUUUUAACUCAUUUUUUAACUGCACAGAGGAGAGAAACAACAGCAAAGAGAACAAUGCCACGUUUGGCUGUUUUUGCCCAAGAAAAACUGGGAAACCCAGCCUAAGAUCUUACAGCGUACAUACCUGAUAUGGGGAUUGGUUGGACAAGGCCUGCUUGUCCUCGGUGUACGGAGCCCUGCUUGUCCUCAGUGUAUGAAGCCCUGCUUGUCCUCGGUGUACGGAGCCCUGCUUGUCCUCAGUGUAUGAAGCCCUGCUUGUCCUCGGUGUACGGAGCCCUGCUUGUCCUCAGUGUACAGAGCCCCGCUUGUCCUCAGUGUAUGAAGCCCUGCUUGUCCUCGGUGUACGAGGUCCUCCGUGUACAGAGCCCUGCUUAUCCUCGGUGUACGGAGCCCUCCUUGUCCUCGGUGUACGGAGCCCUGCUUGUUCUUGGUGUACAGAGCCCUGCUUGUUCUUGAUGUAGGCAGCCCUGCUUGUCCUCGGUGCAUGGAGCCCUGCUUGUUCUUGGUGUACAGAGCUCUGCUUGCUCUUAUUGCAAUUCAAGAUGUACCCUUUUUGUAGGCUUGUGUGUAAGAAACAUUAUGUGAGUUCUCUGAAAUGUCGUAUACAUAAAACCUAUAUUUGACAAAUAAUUCUGUUAAUGUCUCCACUCUGUCGUGGCAUUUCAGGGAAUAUCUCAAUAAUACUUUCAGAUUAGAGAUACAAAGCAUUGAAAAAAGUACCCCUUCUAAAAGGGGGCGGUAAUGUACAUAGUAAACUACUCAAUAGAGAAAUUUAUUGGAUCUUUGUUCCUGCGACAAGACAACCAUGUGGUUUAUAUUCAUCAUAAUCUUAUUCUUACUUAUUGAAUUUCCAUUUGUUCUAGCAAGAUGUUUUUCGAUUAUAUAUGCCUUGUGUCUACACUAGAACAGUCUUCAUACAUGUGUUUGAGCCAGGUUUGCAUUUUUUGGGGUGCAGGCUUUUUUUCCGCUUGCAGGCUAUGACAUUUAGGGUUUAAGAUUCACUAUAAAUUGUAAUAUAAAUAUAAGUUGUAACAAAGCUAAAGAACGGGCGUAGGAACCCUCACAAAUCUGGGGGGGACAGCAUUUAACUGGGUGUGGCAAUGUGAAGGCGGAGCCACAAAAAGGGAGGAGACAAAGAGGGUGGAGACAAAAAGGGGUGGAAAGGUGUUAUCCACCAUAAGGUGAUUUUAGUAUGUACCUGCCAGACAGUAAUGGACAUGCUUAGAAAGCAUCUGUGCUGAUUUCUUUUUGUGAACUGGCUGUUUCCUGUUGAAGUUCCCUCUCUCGAACUACAUGUCCCAGAAUUCCUUGUUUGUAAGUGUGAGGUCACUUUUCUCUCCCCCACACAUCAGUCACCCCACCCAUUCAACCACGGGUGUGCUGACUUCCAUGCUCUGCUGUAAUCAAUAGACCAGUGUUUUCU